GGCCCUCAGCUGGUGCUGGAUCCGGUCUCUAGGAGGAGUCCUCCGGCACAGAGGUGGUACCUUAGAUCUUGGCCUCACUGCAUCAGGGGACCGAGGGUGGCACAGGGCACCUCUGCUGUGAUUGGGAACACAAAGUGUAGGGAAACACAACCCAGGUAAUACUUGGUCUAAUCUGGUAGACUGGAUUACAAAUAAAGUCUCAUCGCAGAACAAAAUGGGAGAUGCUGAAGCAGGCAAGAAGAUCUUUGUUCAGAAAUGUGCUCAGUGCCACACGGUGGAGAAAGGUGGGAAACACAAGACUGGCCCAAACCUCUGGGGCCUUUUCGGCCGGAAGACAGGACAAGCACCAGGAUUUUCUUACACCGAUGCAAACAAGAACAAAGGUAUUGUCUGGACAGAAGCAACUUUGAUGGAAUAUUUGGAGAACCCAAAGAAAUUCAUCCCCGGCACUAAAAUGAUCUUUGCUGGAAUCAAGAAGAGGAGCGAGAGAGAAGAUCUUAUUCAGUACUUGAAACGGGCAACAUCCUCAUGAAAUACAAGUGCAGCUUUGAAAUACUAGUUCUCAAUUUCAAAUAUUGUGCUUAAUAAGAAGCAAUUUCUGCUCUUUCUUGA